CCUCCCUCCACCUGUUCCCGGCGCGUUGGAUGCUGGAAGCCAAGAUGGCGGCGGAGCUGGUGGAGGCGAAAGUGAGUGAGUGAAAGAGGAGAGGGAGGGAGGGGAGGGAGGGAGAGGAGAAGCGGGGGUCCGAAGGGGCGCCCCGUGCCCCCCUCACUGAGGUAUGUUUUUUUGGGGGGGGGAGCCUAUGAAUCUCUGCCACAGGGAGGGGCACCUGAGGAGGGAGGGGCGUGGCUAAAGGGGAGGGGCGGCCAGAAGCCCCGCCCCCUCGUCCCGAGGGAGGGGGCGGCCUCCCCACCCCCCUCCAGGGACGACCCCCCCUCACCAAUCCCCCCCACUCUCCCAUCUCCCUACCUGCUGCUGCUUUCCCACCCCCACCUUCAAGACAGCCCUCCCCUCCCCCCAUGCCAGAGAAGACCCUCCCCAUUUCCUCUCACCCCCCCAGGAGGGUUUGUUUGUCUGUUUGUUUGUUUACAUGCCUUUUAUCUCGCCCUCAUGCCAGCCCUCCCUUUGGGGCACUUUAGGACAGCCAGGAGGAGUUGCCCUGCAAGGUGGAUUUUUGGGGGGACGGUUUGUUUGGAGCUGAUUUAAUCCUGAUUGGUGUGUGUGUGUGUGUGUUGAAAGCAAAAACAAAACAAAAACACAACAGCGGCUUCAACAACCCCCUGUUGCAGCAAAGUGCAAUCUCACGCAGGUCUUACUCAGAAGUAAGCCGCCCUUGGGUUCAGGGGGGUGGUGUUACUCGCUGGUUAAGUCGCCUGGAAUAGCAGCUUGGCAAUCGUAUACAGUGGUACCUCGGGUUAAGUACUUAAUUCGUUCCGGAGGUCCGUUCUUAACCUGAAACUGUUCUUAACCUGAAGCACCACUUUAGCUAACGGGGCCUCCUGCUGCUGCCGCGCCGCCGGAACACAAUUUCUGUUCUCAUCCUGAAGCAAAGUUCCUAACCCGAGGUACUAUUUCUGGGUUAGCGGAGUCUGUAACCUGAAGCGUAUGUAACCUGAGGUACCACUGUACAUUCCUAAUUGGAAAUCGCUGGACUUCUAGGUAAGGGUUGCAGCCUUCGCCUGCCGCGCAGCCAACACGGGCACCCACCGAGCGUGGCGGUACCUUUUAGAAAGUGAAACAGGUUUAUUCUGCUUGAAGCACGUUUGUGAACUGGAUUUGUCAGGUUUUGGCUCUCUCCUGACAGAUAUUUAUUGUGCAUACAUGUGUGUGUGUGUUUAUUUGUUAAUUUGAAACCUUAGCUGUUUUAAUGGAGGAGGGUGAAUCUGAAACAUUUAACAGAUCAACACAUCUCUUAGCCGUUCCCUUGUUUACCUUGUAUAUGCAUGCAUGUGGAUAAUAACAGAAAAAGCUAUAAAUGCAUUUCUGUGGCACAUAAGGACCUAUGAAGGGCCCUGCCGGAUCAUGCCAUGGCCCAUCUAGUCCAGAAUCCUAUUUUCACAGUGGCCAACCACAUGCCACGAUGGGAGGCCUAAGUGCAACCGCAACUCUCCUCUACCUGAACUGGCAUUCAGAGGUAUACAAUUUGUGGUCAUGGAGGUAGGGCAUAGCUGUCAUGGCUAGUAGAUGCUGAUAGCCUUAUCUUCUAUGUAAUUAGACUCUUAAGUCACAAAACCACCUGCCAAAAUGGAAUUUCUGUGGGAUACUUUAAGGCUCCUUCUCUGUGUGUUCUGUAUUGUUGAACCAUGCAGAUCCAGUUGUGAAACCAAUGGACACCUCAGAUAGCAAGCAACGUCAUGUAUAGUGCUACCAUUUGUAUUAAUGAUUGUACUUUUACUUUACAAUAGUGGAUCUGGCUUGUUUCGUGAAUAUUCAGAAACAAAGACUUUAGGGUAGUUAACUUCUUUGAGUGAAUUUGGAAUGGCUGGCUUCCAGUUUUUUUCAGUAAGCUGUGGACACAAACUGGGAAGUCUUCAGUUGAAACCUUGAAUUUCCACGCACUUACGUAUUUGUUACUUAUUUAGAGCACUUUUAUCUCUCCUGAAGACAUCUGGCUUACUAGAAGUACAUGUAAAAAGGAUCUAGGGGUCUUGGUGGACCACAAGCUUAACAUGAGUCUGCAGUGUGAUGCAGCAGCAAAAAAAGCUAAUGCCGUUCUAGGCUGCAUCAACAGACGUAUAGUGUCUAGAUCAAGGGAAGUCAUAGUCCCACUCUAUUCUGCCUUGGUCAGGCUACACUUGGAGUACUGUGUCUAAUUCUGGGCACCACAAUUUAAGAAGGAUGUUGACAAACUGGAAUGUGUGCAGAGAAGGGCAACCGAGGUGGUCAAGGGUCUGGAAACUAAGCCUUAUGAGGAGCACUUGAAGGAGCUGGGUAUGUUUAGCGUGGAAAAGAGGAAACUGAGAGGAGAUAUGAUAGACAUCUUCAAAUAUUUCAAGGGCUAUCACACGGAGGAGGGAGCAUGCUUGUUUUCUCUUGCUUUGGAGGGUAGAACUUGAACCAGUGGCUUCAAGUUGCAAGGAAGGAGAUUCCGUCUAAACAUUUGGGGGGAAAACUUUCUGACAGUAAGAGCUGUUCAGCAGUGGAACAGACUCCCACGAGAAGUGGUGGACUCUCCUUCCUUGGAGGUUUUUAAGCAGAGGCUUGACAACCAUAUGUCAGGAGUGCUCUGAUGGUGUUUCCUGCUUGGCAGGGGGUUGGACUCGAUGGCCCUUGUGGUCUCUUCCAACUCUAGGAUUCUAUGAUUCUAUGGAUGCUUUAGCCGAGAUUCCUGCGUUACAGGGGGUUGGACUAGACGAUCCUUUGGUCCCUUUCAACUCGUAAGAUUCUAUGAGUCUAUGAACCAUAUGAAGCUCCCAGAGCAGCGUAUAAAUUUCAAUAAUAAGACAACCCCUGGCCUCAGACUCAGAAUCUGAUAGAUAAAACACAAAUGGGAAAGGAGUGUGCAAGGGGCCCUUUAUCUCAGCUACAGUUAGUGUGAAGGCUGCAAGGAAAGUCUUGCUUCUGUCAGACCCAGCUCCCCAGCUCUAAUAGGGGGGAAAUGAGGCUAGCCCAUCUCACAGGGCUGUUGUAAGGAGUACAGCAUCUUUUAGUGCUACGGCGUUUUGGCACUCUAUAAAUGUUAAUUAUUAUUGUAGCAAAUGACUAUCUGCAGUAGACUUGUCCAGUCUGAUACGGACAGCAGCAGAUUUUCUCAAACUGGCGUGCAUGAGGUGCGACAGGCAUCACUGUCUCCUUGCUCCCUUUUCCAACCCGAGGGCCUUCUGGGAAACCUUCCAAGAGCCACAUGCCAAUCGUGGGCAGAAGUGGGUGGAGCAAUGAAUGCAAAUUACAGCUUUGUGCAGCAGGGUGCUUCCAGCACACUUUUCUCUAUCUGUCAUCCAGACAAAGCAAGAGGACACAUUCCAGCCAGGCAAAGUCACUCCAGGCGGGUGCAAAGCAAAGGCUGGUGAGGGUAUGUGGCCGGUGGAACACUCCAAGGCCCAGCUACAGAGCCCUGGGAUGGUUGGAUUUGGCACUGAGGAAUCCCACCUGCUGCCUCCACUGCCAAGUCCUUGCUUGCUUGCCUGCCUGCCUGCCUGCCAAUCUAUUGCUCUUGUCGUUUUUGCAUGGGCUUCCCUUUGCUUGUGCUGUCCUGAGCGGCUGGAGCUUCGGUGGUGCAGCUGUGAAAUGGUGGGGUUUGAAGCUUUGAGAUUUUAAGGCAGUGGCUGUGAAUCGUAAUAAGCGGAGACCUACUUUUUAAAUUAGUUGGAGCAGAUAGGAGGCUUUGCUGCUGCUUCUUCUGUUGUUACCGUUAACCAAUUUAUAUACCGCUUUUUAGACACAGAUGAUGUUCCACAAUUCCAGUGCCUUAAAGAGAUCUGCGCAGCAUUGUCAAACCAUAGUGUUUAGCCAAGCCUUCUGUUCAGCACAGGAUCUGCAGAAACCUCCAGUGCCUCUCAAGUCAGCCUGUUCCUAAUUUAACAACCCUUACUCUAAGAAGGUCCCCCUCAUGUUCAGCCAAAUCUGUUUCUUUCGUCUUCUGUAAAAGUCUAUCAGUAUUUUUAUUUUUUUUAAUCCCCGUAUUAAAAGGGCAAAGCAAGUUGCUGGCUCUCAUUAUUUUUAGCAUAUGGAGGGCGCAACAUUUGUUUGCUGCACCUGACUGCUGAGGAUUACUUCACACAUCUGAUGAAGGGAGCCGGCAAAAAUCCAGGCCACAAUACCUAUUACGCCUCAAAGUCCUGCAAUAAUCAUGGGAUCAUAGAAUUGUAAAUUUGGGAGGCACCCUGAGAGUCAUUUAGUGUAAGAAUCCUGCCCACAACCAUCCCUGGAACAUUAGUAUUGCAGUGAAGGGUUAGGUGGGUCUGCAUCCUGAGACAGAAAGCAUUUUUAUUUGUUUAUUUGCUGUGGGGGCAGGCAUGGUAGGCCAAGGCUAUCUCCUCACUUGGUUGCUGAGGUUAAAUACAGUCGUACCUCGGAAGUCGAACGCCUUGCGACUUGAACGUUUUGGCUCCCGAACCCUGCAAAGUGAGUGUUGCGGUUUGCGAACGUUCUUUGGAACCCAAACGUCCGACGUGGGUUCCGCGGCUUCCGAUUGGCCGCAGGAGCUUCCUGCGGCCAACCAGAAAACAGGCCUUGGUUCCCGAACAUUUUGGAAGCCGAACGGACUUCCGGAACGGAUUCCGUUCAACUUCCGAGGUGCCACUGUAUUAUGUUGCAGGUGGCGGAUUAUGUUGUUGGCGGAACACCUGCUUUGCAUGCAGAAGGUUCUUGUCUGAAAUCACGGAGGGCUGCUGUGUAGAGGGUCCUGAGCUACAUGGGACCAUUGGCUUGACCAGUAGAAUGGACUCCCUCAGAAGGCGGUGGGCUAUCCUUUGAUGGAGGUUUGUAAACGGAGGUUGGAUGGGCAUCUGCCAGGGAUUCUUUAGCCGUGAUUCCUUCCUUUCAGAUGACCCUUUAAAAGGUGCCUUCCAAUCUGAUUCUAUCACUUUGUACCUCAUGCACUUAUCAGGGGUCAGCAAACUUUUUCAGCAGGGGGCCGGUCCACUGUCCCUCAGACCUUGUGGGGGGCCGGACUAUAUUUUGGGGAAAAAAUAUGAACGAAUUCCUAUGCCCCACAAAUCACCCAGAGAUGCAUUUUAAAUGAAAGGACACAUUCUACUCAUGUAAAAACACACUGAUUCCCGGACCGUCCGCGGGCCGGAUUGAGAAGGCGAUUGGGCCGGAUCCGGCCCCCAGGCCUUUGUUUGCCAACCCAUGUUCAGCUUUUGUUUUUGAUGCUUUAAGAGUGAGGGUGGAGGUAAAGGUAAAGGAACCCCUGACCAUUAGGUCCAGUCGUGGCCGACUCUGGGGUUGUGAUGCUCAUCUCGCUUUAUUGGCCAAGGGAGCCGGCGUACAGCUUCUGGGUCAUGUGCCCAGCAUGACUAAGCUGCUUCUGGCAAACCAGAGCAGUGCACGGAAACGCCGUUUACCUUCCUGCCGCAGUGGUACCUAUUUAUCUACUUGCACUUUGACGUGCUUUGGAACUACUAGGUUGGCAGGAGCAGGGACCGCGCAACAGGAGCUCAUCCUGUCGCGGGGAUUCGAACCGCCGACCUUCCGAUCGGCAAGCCCUAGGCUCUGUGGUUUAACCCACAGCUCCAUCCUUGUCCCUUACGAGGGUGCAGGUAACAACCCCUAUAUAAAUGGGCAUUUUCUGCUGCUAGUAUCAUCGAAUGGCCUUCCCUCUGCCAUAUGUGAAGGAACAUAGGCAGCUGACUUAAGAUUAAGAGUCAGUCCUUGGUUAGUCUAGCUCAGUAUUGUCUACACUGACCGGCAGCUGCUCUGUAGGGUUGCAGACAUGAGGCAGAGGCAGCAGCCCUCAGCUGCUUUACACAUGUCGUGAAGUUUUUGCUCAGGCUUUCCCUGUUUUAGAGGCAUGGCUCCCUUGAAUAAUUUGCUUUUAUAUGUUUUAAAUGCUGCUUUACUGCUUUUAGACUCUGUUUUUAAAGUAUAAUAUUUGGAGUGUUUUGGACUAGAGAUUUUCGAAACCUUAAGAGGUUUAAGGUAAAGGUACCCCUGCCCGUACGGGCCAGUCGUGUCCGACUCUAGGGUUGUGCGCCCAUCUCACUUAAGAGGCCGGGGGCCAGCGCUGUCCAAAGACACUUCCGGGUCACGUGGCCAGCGUGACGAAGCUGCUCUGGCGAGCCAGCGCAGCACACGGAAACGCCGUUUACCUUCCCACUAUAAAGCGGUUCCUAUUUAUCUACUUGCACCCGGGGGUGCUUUUGAACUGCUAGGUUGGCAGGCGCUGGGACCGAGCAACGGGAGCUCACCCCGCCGCGGGGAUUCGAACCGCUGACCUGAUGAUCGGCAAGUCCUAGGCGCUGAGGUUUUACCCACAGCGCCACCCGCGUCCCUUAAGAGGUUUAUAAACUCUUUAAAACAAACCAACCAGUUUCAGAGAUCACUCUUGCGUCCUUUCCCAUUCAGCGUUUGCGAUUCGGGCUGGAGAAAUAGUCCCAAGUUCUGAGUUGCAUUCUUUAAGUUGGUUUCACGUCUUUGGUCUUUGAUGGGCCGCCAAGGUGGCAUCUUCAGGAUCUGCAGAGAGAGUUGUUUUCGUGACUCUCAAGUGAUCAGUUGCCCCCCACUCUGGCUUGCCACUGUGUUUGUGGUUGGCAGGUGCAAGUUGUGACUCAGCUGCCUGCCAUCCAUGUGUGGCAAGCACACACACACCCCGCUGCCGCCCCCAGUGCUUGAUAAACCUGGUUUCGCUCCCAGGCUGCAAAACAAGAAGGACCGUUGAGUCCUUGGCAGGUUCUGCUUGCUGGAGGUGGGCUGCAAUUUGGCUUCCUGGUCCACAUGCUGUGUUGUUUUAACCAGCGAAAUAUCUUCCCGUUGUAAGUGCUGGAGCGCUGACUGUAUUCCUUCACUUGCCCUCCUUGCUGCUUUGGUAACUCGGUUGUGCAGGUCCAUUUGCACUGGAGAGUGGAGGAUACAGCUGGCAGAUGCCCCUGGUGUUGCUCUUGUGAAAGAACAACACCGGCAGACGUCUGAAGCACCGACAAAGGGGGAUUUGCUGCACCAGCCCUACUCCGAGUAGAGCCAUUGGCAUGGAUGAACUUUGGCCUGUUAACUUCAGUGGGUCUAGCAACCCAUAACUUGGUGUUAGGGACCCUGCUUUGCAUGCGGUAUGGUCCAGAUUUCAGCCCCCACUCUCUUCAGUUAAAAGCAGCAGUGAGCUGGUGAUGCAGAUGAUGCUUAAAUGUCUGAUAUCGAAGUACAGUGGUACCUUGGGUUACAGACGCUUCAGGUUACGUACGCUUCAGGUUACAGACUCCGCUAACCCAGAAAUAGUACCUCAGGUUAAGAACUUUGCUUCAGGAUGAGAACAGAAAUCGGGCUCCGGUGGCUCAGUGGCAGCAGGAGGCCCCAUUAACUAAAGUAGUGCUUCAGGUUAAGAACAGUUUCAGGUUAAGAACGGACCUCCGGAACGAAUUAAGUACUUAACCCGAGGUACCACUGUAGAAUGUUAGAUUACUGCAACACAUUGUACGUAGGGCUGCAUCUGAAGACGGUUCGGAAACUUCUGCUGGUGUAGAAUUCAUCGGGGCUCACUGGGGCAAGAUGGUUUCAGCAUGUUAUACCUGCCCUGGCCUGAUUGCACCGGCUGCUGAUUAGUUCUGGACCCAAUUCAAAGUGCUGACCUAUAAAGCCUUAAGUGGAGCAGGACCACAAUACCUCAAGGGCCGCCUCUUACCAUAUGAACCCACCCGGAUCCUGAGAUCAUUUUGUGAGGCCCUUCUUUGUGUGCCUCCUCCACGAGAGGUGCAGAGGGUGGCAACAUGAGAACGGGGUCUUUUCUGCAGUGGCUCCCCGUCUGUGGAAUGCUGUCCCCAGGGCCUUCAUUAUGCACCUUUAGGUGCCAGGCGAAAACAUUCCCCUGCAGCCAGGCCUUUGGCUAAUUAGCAAUCCAGUGCCCUUUUAAAAUGUUCUGUGGAGGCGGGGAUUAUUGGUUCGUCGUUAUUCUUAUUUUUACUAUGCAUUUUGUGGUUUCGAGGCUGUAAUUUUAUAUUACGAGCAUUGCCCUGAGAUCCGCGGGUGAAGGGCUGCGUACAAAUUGAAUAAAUAAGAAUUUCCUCACUGGCUCAGGCCAAAGACCCAUCGAGCCCAACGUCCUGUCCUCACAGUGACCAAUCAGAUGCCACCCCCUAGGAUGCCAACAAACAGAACUUGAGGGUGGCAGCGGCAGCAGCAGCAAUUCUCCCUCUUGAGAUUUCCUGCGACUGGCAUUCAUAUGCAUACAUACGUACAUACAAGUCAUCACGGCUGGUAGAGGAAAGAGAGAGGUCAUAGAAUCAGAGUUGGAAGGGGUCAUCUAGUCAAACCCACUGCAAUGCAGGAAUCUGUCACCCAGUGUGAGGCUCGAACCCCACAGUCUUCAGAUUAAGAGUCCCGUGGUGCAUGCCAGAUAGAUCUUCAUCCUCCUUCACGAAUUUGUUGUUGGCUAUUGUGGGAAACGAGGAGCUGUGGCCCAGAGGGGCUGUUUUCCCUUGUGGUUUCCAGUGGCAUUCAUUGGAUCAUCGACUUGUAGAUCUGGAAGGGACCCUGAGGAUCAUAUUUCAUAUUGAAAUACAGUGGUACCUCGGGUUAAGUACUUAAUUCGUUCCGGAGGCCCGUUCUCAACCUGAAACUGUUCUUAACCUGAAGCACCACUUUAGCUCAUGGGGCCUCCUGCUGCUGCCGCACCGCUGCUGCGCAACUUCUGUUCUCAUCCUGAAGCAAAGUUCUUAACCCGAGGUAAUAUUUCUGGGUUAGCGGAGUCUGUAAUCUGAAGCGCCUGUAACCGGAAGCAUCUGUAACCUGAGGUACCACUGUACUGCUCCUCAGUGAGGCCAAACUUAGAUUCACGAAAUGCAAUGCAGGAAUAUGCAGCUGUCUCAUACGGGGAUUGAACCUGCGGCCUUGGUGUUAUCAGCGCCACGUUCUCACCAACCAGAGGCUUGGAGCGACUGGAAUGAGAAAGAGUCCAUUUGCUCCCAGGGCUGUUUUUCAAGCUGCGGUUGCCUGGGAAACCGUAGCACACCCAAGCUUUAACUUGGGUAGGCAAUGAAGAAGAAGAAGAGUUUGGAUUUGAUAUCCCGCCUUUCACUCCCUUUAAGGAGUCUCAAAGCGGCUAACAUUCUCCUUUCCCUUCCUCCCCCACAACAAACACUCUGUGAGGUGAGUGGGGCUGAGAGACUUCAGAGAAGUGUGACUGGCCCAAGGUCCCCCAGCAGCUGCAGGUGGAGGAGCGGGGAAUCGAACCCGGUUCCCCAGAUUACCAGACUACCGCUCUUAACCACUACACCACACUGGUUCACUGAAUGUGCACGCAUGAGGGUGUUGACGAUGGUUGGCCAACUGGCAAUUCCGCCCUCUGUUUUUCCUUGGUUGCUUGCCACUUACCAUGUGUAAGGCUCGUCCCCAGUUUGGUUUGGCAGCAGCAGGGUCUGGGCAGGGCCAGCCCCACCCAUGAGGCAAAGUGCAGCAAGCGCUUCAGGUGGCAGGAUCCAUGGGGGUAGCAGAUCCCGAAGCGUAUCUGUAUUCCCCCCUCAUUCCUGAUCUUCACUCACCCCUUCUCCCACACCCAUUUUCUGGUUUGCCUCAGGUGCCGAAAUCCCUUGGGCUGGGUCUGGAGUGAGGUUAUCACCCUAUGCCAGCUGUUCUACCACAGAGGCUGGAUUUUUGGCCGCAAGGGCGUGAGCGUCAAGGGGGCAGUAAGCCACUGGAAUGCCGAUGCACCACCCACUGACCUUUGGGACCUGCGGCUAACGCUUAAAAGCAGGAAAAAGUUCUGGAAUUCCACCGUGUGCCUUUCGAACUCGUUUCCAUGAGGGCAAGCGACUUGGUUUCGUUGAAAUAGAGGCAGGGGUAAACAUACAGUGCUGGAAUGACUCUCCACCACCAGACACGCACGUGUUUGCUUGUGGGUAGCAAGAUGUAACUGGUGUGGGGUGAGAGGAAGGGUGUUUUCUUACCCGCCUUGCGCGGAUCGGCUUCCAAUAGCCCUGCCUCCAUUGCCUUGUGAUGGUGGGGCAUCUCCGUGAAGUGGGGAGGUCCCAGGGGUUGUGGGUGCCUUCCCCAAACCUGAUUGGCCCCAGCGAGAAGGAGUUUGUUGGAGCGAAUGCAUGCUCACCUUGAUCCAACCCACUCUGUCCUUUGUAACAUUGUGCAUGGCACAGAGCAGAGAGGCAGAGGGAGACUGGGUGUAAGGUAGCUUCUGAUGUUCCUGCUUAAAUCAGCCUUUCAUUCGGAACCAUAAGGACUAGAAUCUUCGUUCAUUUCAGAGAGAAGGAUUGGAGCACUGUGUAGAGCACUGUGUUGCAUUGCGUACAUAGUCAGAAAGCCACUGCCAAUCAGUGUUGACAAUGCUGGUCUACGUGAACAAAUGGUUUGACUCCUAAGCAGUGCUUUUUUCUAAAAAAAUUUUUUAGGGGUACUCUUAAUUUCCUGCUCAUAUUGCAAUACUGCCCCUCAAUGAGGCCAAACUUAGAUUCACAAAAUGUUUAGGGGUAUGCGUACCCCUGCGUCCCCCCAGAAAAAAGCACUGCUCUUAAGUACUGACGGACAAUCGUUCCUAUACAGUGGUACCUCGGGUUACAUACGCUUCAGGUUACAUACGCUUCAGGUUACAUACGCUUCAGGUUACAGACUCCGCUAACCCAGAAAUAGUGCUUCAGGUUAAGAACUUUGCUUCAGGAUGAGAACAGAAAUCAUGUUCCGGCGGCGUGGCAGCAGCAGGAGGCCCCAUUAGCUAAAGUGGUGCUUCAGGUUAAGAACAGUUUCAGGUUAAGUACGGACCUCUAGAAUGAAUUAAGUACUUAACCCGAGGUACCACUGUAUUUUGAAUGUGGGCACCUCUGUAUUUGCAGAAAACACAGAAGAAUAAAGAGAACAUACGACCUUUUUGUUAUAACCAUGAUACUUGACCCUAAACGCUUUCCCCAUAUGGUCUGUUCUGUGGCAUAAAAUUGGGGGGUGUGUGUGUGUGUAAAUAAAUGUAUAAUGGUCUUUGCAAAUGUAUAAUAAUGCUAUAACCACAAUACAUUUGUAAUGGUAUUCAGAAUAAAUACAGCCAUGGGCAAAGCAGCACGGCAAGAGGAAGGCUGGUUAAUAAUUCCUUCCUCGAGUUGGGGUUACCUAAGCCAGAUCUUGGGGUAUGUUUGCUGCCAGCCCCAUAAACGGUGCUUUGAUUUAUUCGCUAUCUUUGACUUCAAAUGUCUGUCUGUCUGUCUGCCUGCCCUCCCUCUCCGCCCGCAGAACAUGGUGAUGAGUUUCCGAGUCUCGGACCUCCAGAUGUUGCUCGGGUUCGUCGGCCGAAGCAAGAGCGGCUUGAAACACGAACUGGUGACCCGGGCCUUGCAGCUGGUCCAGUUUGACUGCAGCCCGGAACUCUUCAAGAAGAUCAAGGAGAUUUACGAGACGCGCUACGCCAAGCUCUCCGAUGCAGGGCAGAUUCCGCAGCAACAACAGCAGCAGCAGCAGGCGCCCCAGCACAGACCUCCCCAGGAAACCCUCUCCAUCCAUUCCUCCUACGACCGCAGCAGCAAUGCGGUGGCCAGGACUGCUCUCUCCACCGCCAACAUUGACUAUCCCUCCCUCUACGGGAAGUACUUAAACGGACUGGGGCGGUUACCCGUCAAACCGGCAAAGCCUGAGGUUCAGCUGGUCAAGCUCCCCUUCUACAGCAUUUUGGACGAACUCCUGAAGCCCACCGAGCUCGGUGAGUUGGGUGGGCGGGAUUGGGAUGGCCCUGGAUGGCUGGGAUGUUGCCUCGUCCCACAUCUGCAGGUGGCCGGUUUGUUCAUGGCAGCUGGCUUCUUCUUCUGCUUGCGUGCACAGGCCCUAACCCAGGGGUCAGCAAACUUUUUCAGCAGGGGGCCGGUCCACUGUCCCUCAGACCUUGUGGGGGGCCGGACUGUAUUUUGAAAAAAAAUAAAUGAACGAAUUCCUAUGCCCCACAAAUAACCCAGAGAUGCAUUUUGAAUAAAUGCACACAUUCUACUCGUGUAAAAACACUCUGAUUCCUGGACCGUCCGUGAGCCGGAUUUAGAAGGCGGUUGGGCCAGAUCCGGCCCCCAGGCCUUUGUUUCCCUACCCAUGCCCUAACCCUUACUGUCUGAAAACUUACAGCAUUAGCAACUCAGAUAUAUAACCUAGGCUCCAACUGGCUCCUUCAACCAAGGUUACGGUUGCCAAAACGGAAUGUCUAGUUGCCGUUUUGGGGCAAGAUGGCUCUGAAGUUUUAUUUUUCAAGUGAUGGACUGGACUGUGAUUGAUUAUCAGUUAAAAUACCUGGCUCGUUCAGAUUGCAGCCUUGUUGAAGAGCUUUGAGAACUGAAAGAAGAAAAGUCACUCGAUCCAGGGACAUUCCGCUUAUAUAUUGGCCUAUUCCGACCUCUUUUUCUUAAUGGUGACAUGGACCAUUUGUAACGUAGGAAUGUUCUUCACAACUGUGAGCAGGGCAGUGGGGUGGGGUAAGCGAAAACCAGCGAAAACAAUUAAUUAUAACGUCGUUCCGUGCUCUUGCUCGGGCUGCACAGGCAAAGCAUUUUGGUUCCUGAAAUUCGUUUCAGUUGUACAGAUAAAAUAGAACGGAUAGAAUUCUACAGGGUGUGGUGUUAGUGUGUGAAAGCAGUCCAAAUCCAAUGAUCCCCAGAUAGUGGAGAUGUCAGACGCCAUCCUGGCACCCAGGUAUCUUCACUCUGUUGCAAGCAGUCGAAAGCCAGGUUCAAAAUGGCUAAUUUCGAACGCUGCUUGGGGAGCUGUAACCAGUCAGUAUAGUAAAAAUAUUACCUAGAUGGACCCAGUGGUUUGGCUCAGUGUUAGGCAGCGUCCUGUGUCCCUAAACACCAGUGGUUAAUCACCUUUGUUCUUGAGCACUAAUCGCAAUACCCUUGGAAGACAGAAAGACGUGAUAGACUUUCGUAGAACCAUAGAAUUGUAUGGUUGGAAGGAACCCCAAGAGCAUAUCAAUUACCCAUUCUGCAUAUCAAAGGUAAACUGGUCAUGUAGAAAAUCUACAUGUGGGGCAGAAGCCUAGCACUGAAACCUUAACCCUGAUCGGCUAUUUUUCUACAUGCGAGGAAGCUACUUGCCUGCCCGCCCCCUGUGGAGGUUAUUCAAAACUCAAGCUGCGGAGUUAGGAAGGGACUGCGUUUUAUUACUGAACCGCCACUUUUCAGGUACGCAACCUUCCCAACGCAGUUUACAAUAUUUCAGAAAUGAUACAGGGUCCCUUGUCCCCCCACUUCCAGUGCUCAGAGGUGAGUGCCUCUGUGUAUAUGUACAAAAUGGCAAUGCACACACGAGGGAGGGAUCAGCAGGUUUGUGCAAAAACCGUUUGCAAAAGUGCAAAAAGUCCGAAGGAGGAGCCCAAGAGCCAUUUAAUGUAGCUUGUCCUUCAUUGGCGGUUUAAAUAUGAGAUUGGGGAUUAUGAGGAUUAUAUAUGAGAUUGAUUUGGCUCAUGUGCUAGGCACAUUGUCCCUAAAACCAUAUUGGGUGGUGCAACAUAGUGGUUGCAGGGCCCGGCUUUUAAUCUGCUGCCCCUGGUUCUUGCUCUUGACAUGAUUUGAAUCGUAGAAUCAUAGCAUCAUAGAGUUGGAAGGGACCACAAGGAUCAUCUAGCCCAACCCUCUGCAACGUAGGAAUCUUUCGCCCUAAAUGGCCUCGGUCCAGUAUAUCUGAAGGAGCGUCUCCACCCCCAUCGUUCUACCCAGACACUGAGGUCCAGCGCUGAGGGCCUUCUGGUGGUUCCCUCACUGCGAGAAGCCAAGUUACAGGGAACCAGGCAGAGGGCCUUCUCGGUGGUGGCACCCGCCCUGUGGAACACCCUCCCACCAGAUGUCAAAGAGAACAACAGCUACCAGACUUUUAGAAGACAUCUGAAGGCAGCCCUGUUUAGGGAAGCUUUUAAUGUUUGAUGCAUUACUGUAUUUUAAUAUUUUGUUGAAAGCCGCCCAGAGUGGCUGGGAAAGCCCAGGCAGAUGAGCGGGGUAUAAAUAAUAAAUUACUAUUAUUAUUAUUAUUAUUAUUAUUAUUAUUAUUAUCCAUACAGAAAACACUGGCCUGCGUAAGCGUCUAAAUGUUCCUUAUAAGCUAAACCCUGAGCUAAAACAGCUGUUCUCCCAGCACCUGUCCUCCAGUUAAAAUAUAUGGCUUUUAACUCCACAUAAAAGUAAAGCAGAAAUGCUCCUUGCCUGUCUGCUGCAAUUACCAUUAACUGCUGACUCAACUGACUUUGAACCUAUUAAACAUUAAAACAAAUGAAAACCAGGGAGGAGCAUGGAGGAGCAUGGAGCGCAAGGGCCAGAAGCCUUACUUGUUGCCAUCUUCAGCCCAUAUAGCUUUAAUUCUAUCAUUGUAUAAAUUUUUUUAAACAGUUAUUUUUCUAUGCUUUUAGCGGUUUUUAUUCUUGUCUGUAAGCGGCCUUGAGUCCUGUUAGGGAGAAAGGCAGGGUAGGUAGGUAGGUAGGUAGGAAGAAAGAAAGAAAGAAAGAAAGAAAGAAAGAAAGAAAGAAAGAAUUCAUUUCAAGGAGAAGAAUACCAAGGUGGUUCACAAGCAGGUUAAAAGCCAAUGGGAAAAUAACAACACCAGUUAUUAAAUAAAAAUUCCCAUAAGGUCAGUUGCAACUACAAUCAAAGCAGGAGAGUCGAGUCGGGAGGUCAGGAAAAUGCUUGUCUAAAGAGGGAGCGGUCAAGAGCCAAGGGUCAGAUGUUCAUCAGGGAGGACAUUCCACAACACUGGCGCCACCACUUUCAAAGCCUGACAACGUGUUACCACAGUAGUUCUUGCCUAGUGCCCUGCUGUUGCUGUUGGAUUUACAUUGCCUUGACCACUGUCUUGAUGUGAGUUGCAGUCCAGAACCACUUGGAGGGCACCAGGUUGGAGGAGACUGAAAUGCGCCAGUGGUCGGAUUCUGCAUAAGGCAGUGGAUUUGUCUGCAGAUAACUUUCUGAACCGCCCCUUAAGGCUAAGAGGUUGGAUGUCUCAGAAGGCUUCUUAGCUGUUUAUUGUUUCUUCCCACCCCUUCUCUUAAGAAUUGCUGUUGUAGCAUCACGCUGAAUUGGGUGCCGUCUGGAAGCUACUUGUGGUCUUGUGAUAUUUACUUGAUCUCAAUUAAAGGUAUCAUGUCCCUCUCCCUGUUCUUGGUUGUCUCCUCUCCCACGCUGAAUUAAUAUGACUGUCUGCAUUUUUCUGCCUGCAGAUUUGUUUUGCAUGCAGUGGUACCUUGGUUCUCGAACUGAAUCCGUUCCGGGAGUCCGUUCGACUCCCAAAACGGUUUGAAAACAAAGGCGCGGCUUCUGAUGGGCUGCAGGAGCUUCCUGCUCUCAAUUGGAAGCUGCGCCAGAUGUUCGGCUUCCAAAAAACAUUUGGAAACUUGAACAGUCACUUCUGGGUUUGCGGGAGCCGAUUUGUUCAGUGGCCAAGCCGUUCAAGUACCAACGUACCCCUGUAUUUAUAUCCCACUUUUUGGGCAGAAGAAACCCACCCCGCCCCCCAACGUGGCUCUCAGCAGUUGCCAUUCAAUCAUAUUAACGGAGCAGUAUCUCUUGUCGAAGGCAGAGGGCCCGGUGGGUGUUGGAACUGGGGUUUCAAGGGAUGAUUGCAGGGGUGGGGGCAUCUCCCAAUUCGUUUCCCCCUGUGGUGAAAAAUUCAUGUGCGUAAAGGUUUGCAGCAAAGUGGCUGAGGCAACGCCAGUGUUUUGAUUGCAGGAGGAGCCGAGAGCCCUGCAUGUCCUCUGAGAAAUUAUUUGUUGCUCUGACUCCAAAAACGUGCUGGGCUCUCUGAGACGGCUUGUGCGAGGGAUUCCACGUGAACACAUGAGAGCCCUGUUGCGUUCAGCUGAGCGGAGUGCAUAAAUCAUACGCACACCCUCCCGGUGCAGCUGCAGAUAGGAUUUUAGGCUGCUGUUGAUAGAACCACAAAACCCCAAGUUACGGAGAUUACUGGCUUGUCUUCAGCUAAGUUCCAUUCCCCUAGCAAAUAUCUGAAGGGCUGUCACAUGGAAGAGGGAGCAAGCUUGUUUUUUCCUGCUCUGGAGGGUAGGACUCGAACCAAUGGCUUCAAGUUACAAGACAGGAGAUACUGUUUGACAGCAGAGCGAACUCCAUCGGAAGGUGGUCGACUCUCCUUCCUUGGAGGUUUUCAAACAGAGGUUGGAUGGCCAUCUGUCACGGAUGCUUUAGUUGUGGCAUGCACCCUUCGUUAAAUGGAACACUUGCAGGAAGGCUGUUCACCUUCAUAGAAAGCGUUGUUGCUUACAAUCCCUGCAGCUUGCAGUGGAAAAGUCCUUACAACAUUUAGAUAAAUCUUGCUGUAUGAAUCCCCCCCCCCCCCAGUUUUUGAAGUCCUUCUGAAAGACAGGAGGCAACCCAAAAGCUUGCAAAGAAGCUCAUGGUUUCCCUUUCUCCCCCCCUGCGCCCUGUGCCACUGCGCCCCCGCCCCAUGAGGCUGCAGUUCAGGGAUUUGGCAAGCCUUGAGCCGAUUUUGGUUCUGUUGCAUAAGACUGCUUCGGAGAGAGGGCCAGUUUUCUGCUCCGUUUGUCUCCCUCCUCGAGGCCGCCUGCUUGCUUGACCUCCUUCUCUGUUCCCUGUGUGCAGUCCCGCAGAACAACGAGAAGCUACAGGAGAGCCCGUGUGUCUUUGCCUUGACGCCGAGGCAAGUGGAGCUCAUCAGAAAUUCCAGGUAUUCUGCUGGGGUUCCUAGCCUUUCCCUAUCCGGUUUCCCCUUGACCGGAGACUUCCUGUUUCCCUGCUGGGGUUUUUACCUGGGUUAAGCCUUUCUCCAGGUCUCGCAAGCUGGAAUCUGGAGCCGGUGGGCAGACAACACCCCGCAGUUGACCCUCGGGCAUUGUCCUGAGAGUGGGACCCCUUUGCUAUGGCUGCAUCUUGUGACAUUUGUUCCGAAGUGCGUUUGCGUUAAUUGUCCCACGUUCAAGUGACAAACCCUCCAGCAGAGCUUUUGGCCUCUGGUCUGCAAAUUAGCAGUGAACAACGUCAGAGAACAGAAUCUAAGCUGAAAAACCAAAAUUCUUGUGGGUGUCCCCCCCCCCCCGUGUCCCCGCUGAAAAAUCCUGGGGUCGGUCUUGGGUUUAUUACUCUUGCGAUAAACGUUUCCCUUCUCUGUGAACACAGAUGCUUAACCUGGAGGGGAUGUUUGUCUUGUUUUCAUUUGGCAGGGAGCUGCAACCAGGUGUGAGAUCGGUCCAGGUAGUCCUCAGGUAAGUCUGAACGCUGCGGCUGCUAAUUAAAGCCCCUGAGAUGGGGGCAGUGGGUGGGUGGGGGGAGGAAUAUUACAAAAGCCAGGCAGUGGCGUCAUCGGAAGAGAUCCUUGGCUGACAAACUUGCAAGCGGCUUCCCUGCAUAGCGGUUCCCUGGACCCCAGUCUCCCUCUCCUAAUUCAAAGCUCCUUCUGAUUCACAAGGUCGCAGCUUGCCUGUGGAUCUGCUUGUUUUCCAUGGCCACGCCUGAUCGCGAGGAAGAGCCUUGAGCUUUUGAAGGUGACGGCUAGGUUAAGGCUUUCUGGGAGAUGAUUUAUAAUGAAAUGAAAAGGGUAUUUAAAUAUACCUUUCUGAAGAAACCGGAGGCCUUUCUCCUGGGCAUGGUCGGCCAAAUGGUGCCAAAGAAGGAUAGAACUUUCUUUAUGUAUGCCACAACAGCAGCAAGAAUACUUAUUGCAAAGUAUUGGAAGACACAAGAUCUACCCACUCUGGAAGAAUGGCAGAUGAAGGUGAUGGACUACAUGGAAUUGGCGGAAAUGACUGGCAGAAUCCGAGACCAGGGAGAAGAGUCGGUGGAAGAAGAUUGGAAGAAAUUUAAAGACUAUUUACAGAAAUAUUGCAAAAUUAAUGAAUGUUAGAAUGAUGUUAGAAUGAAGUUAAGUGGUUUAAGCAGCAAUGUUAUAAAGGUGUAUGUAAAAAUGGACUGUUAACAGGUGAGAAUCCAAAGUUAUAAUAUAUUAAGUUAAAGGAUUAAGAUAAAAUAAGGAGGGAAAGAAAUUGCUGAAUUAACUAACUGAAUUGGAAUACAAAAAAGGGAGGUAUGAGGAGGUCAGGGAAGCAAGGAAAUGAAUGUAAGGCAUGGAAAGAUUGAUGUAUUUUUUUAGUGUUUUUUAUUCUUUUUUCUGUAUUUUGUAUUUUUCUUGUAUUUUUAUUUUUGUCUUUUUUUUGUUUUGUUUUUUCCCUUCUUCUUUAUUUAUGUAAUUCUUUUCUUUGAAACCUUAAUAAAUAUCAUUUUUUUAAAAAAAUGAAGGUGACGGCUAGGUUUCCAAGAGACCGGGGCUGCUUCCGUACAGUGCAUUUAAGUCACAUGGCUUCCCCCCAGAGAAUCUUACAAGCCGCAGUUUGUCAAGGUUUCUGGGAGGUGUAGCUGUGUGGUGGGCAAACUACAGUUCACAGGGUUAUUUUUUGCAGUGUACACAGCCUGGGGCACAGGCCUCUGAUACAUUUGCAGAGGCUAAUUCAGUGUUUCCAAAAAAAUGUUUAGGCGUACAGUGGUACCUCAGGUUACAGGUGCUUCAGGUUACAGACACUUCAGGUUACAGACUCCGCUAACCCAGAAAUAGAACCUCGGGUUAAGAACUUUGCUUCAAGAUGAGAAUAGAAAUCGCGUGGCAGCAGCGGGAGGCCCCAUUAGCUAAAGUGGUACCUCAGGUUAAGAACAGUUUCAGGUUAAGAACGGACCUUCGGAACGAAUUAAGUUCUUAACAUGAGGUACCACUGUACUCUCAUUUUCCUACACAUAUUGAAGUAAAGGUAAAGGUAAAGGUACCCCUGACCGUUAGGUCCAGUCGUGGAUGACUCUGGGGUCAUGUGGCCAGCAUGACUAAGCCGCUUCAGGCGAACCAGAGCAGCGCACGGAAACACCGUUUACCUUCCCGCCGGAGCGGUACCUAUUGAUCUACUUGCACUUUGACGUGCUUUCGAACUGCUAGGUUGGCAGGAGCAGGGACGCUGGCUCCCUCGGCCUGAAAGCGAGAUGAGCGCCACAACCUCAUAGUUGCCUUUGACUGGACUUAACCGUCCAGGAGUUUACAAACCGCUAUUCUGAAUAACGCUUUUUAGAGGGAACUGGGGAUGGGUUUGUGGAACUGAGCAAAGAAGCAUGGGAACGACUGGUCUAGAGCCUUUGCUUUCUUUCCCCCGCAGAAUCUGCUACACAGAUACCAGGUGCCCUCAGGAAGACCAGUAUCCCCCAAACAUCGCUGUGAAAGUGAACCAUAGUUACUGUUCUGUCCCGGUAAGUCAACCCAAAUCCUCUGAAACUCGUACAGAAGAGGACAGGGGUGUCCACUGCCCAUUUUUUGUGAGAUGGGCUGCCUUCCGUUGGUGUUACCAUCCGUCAGCAGCAUGGAGGGUGGGCUGUCUCAUCAUUUGCAGACGUGAAAGCUGCCACCGCUUUCUCCAGGCCAAGACUUUGUCCUCAACCAUAGCCAGCCUCCCUGGAUGGGGCAGAGUUUUGCACAAUUCAAAGUGUUGGCGCUGACCUUCAAAGCCCUAAACCAGGCUUCCUCAGCCUUGGCCCUCCAGAUGUUUUUGGCCUACAACUCCCAUGAUCCCUAGCUAGCAGGACCAGUGGUCAGGGAUGAUGGGAAUUGUCUCAAGACAUCUGGAGGGCUGAGGUUGAGGAAGCCUGCAGCCUAAAUGGCCUCAGCCCAAUAUCCCUGAAGGAGCAUCUCCACCCCCAUCUUCCAGCCCGGACACCGAGGUCCAGCUCCGAGGCCUUCUGGCGGUUCCCUCCCUGUGAGAAGUGAGGUUACAGGGAACCAGGCAGAGGGCCUUCUUGGUAGUGGCGCCCGCCCUGUGGAACGCCCUCCCAUCAGAUGUCGAGGAAAUAAACAACUAUCUGACUUUUAGAAGACAUCUGAAGGCAGCCCUGUUUAGGGAAGUUUUUAAUGUUUGAUCGUGUUUUUAAUAUUCUGUUGGGAGCCGCCCAGAGUGGCUGGGGAGGCCCGGCCAGAUGGGCAGGGUAUAAGUAAUAAAUUAUUACUAUUACAUUAUUAUAUCCAGCUGCAUCCAGUUUGGGGUGGCUUUUCCUCAAUGUCCUUGCUGGGAAUAUUGUGCCCUGCAGGGUCUUUGAAACGGACGGUUUGUGAGCAGAUUGCAGAGAAACAAAUAAGCCCUUGAAGGUUCUUGAGCAGAACUUUAGCAAAAGACAGGCAUCUUGGAGAUGCAUUCUUCUUCUUCUUUGUUUACAUCAUUGGCUGCUUCCCGCUUUUCGGGUGUGUGCGUGAUUUGUGUCUUUUGCUGGCAACGAAACAAACACCUCUCCCUCUCUCCCUCUCUCUCUUUCUUUCUAGGGCUAUUAUCCCUCCAACAAACCAGGUGUGGAGCCCAAGCGGCCUUGUCGUCCCAUCAACCUCACUCACCUCAUGUACCUGUCUUCCGCAACCAACCGCAUCACCGUCAUCUGGGGCAAUUACGGAAAGGUGCGGGGCAAGUUGGGCGGGCAGUCGCAAAAUUGCCGCUGCCCCUCUUCUCCUCCUCCCUUAUAUGUUUGUCCUGCUUUGCGUAUGCAGACGUGUUUUCAUCUGUGCCCGGGUGUGGUUAUGCACGCCCACUCCCUCUUUCGGUAGGUGUGCCAGUGUCAAAACUGAGUUGAGCUGCUGACUCUCCCUGUUCCUUUAAGAAGCCGGCUGUGCAAAGUGCUGAUUGGCCACCCUUUGUGUGACUGUCACAACCUUGGCUCAGAACAGAGUGGAUUUGAUUUAAAUCAUGGGUAGGCAAACUAAGGCCCGGGGGCCGGAUCCGGCCCAAUCACCUUCUCAAUCUGGCCCGCGGGUGGUGCGGGAAUCAGUGUGUUUUUACAUGAGUAGAAUGUGUCCUUUUAUUUAAAAUGCAUCUCUGGGUUAUUUGUGGGGCCUGCCUGGGGUUUCUACAUGAGCAGAAUGUUUGCUUUUAUUUAAAAUGCAUCUCUGGGUUAUUUGUGGCGCAUAGGAAUUAGUUCUUUUUCCCCCCUUCAAAAUAUACUCUGGCCCCCCAUAAGGUCUGAGGGACAGUGGACCGGCCCCCUGCUGAAAAAGUUUGCUGAACCCUGAUUUAAAUCAAAUUGAUUUAAAUCGCGAUUUAAAUCUCUAGUCAGUAAGGCUUGAUUUAAAUCUUUUUUUUUUCCCCAGAAAGACUCAUUCUUGUUAGUAUAAGCUUAACAUUUACAACCAGAUGAAGGUUUCAUUUUUGGAAUGAUAAAUUUCCAGAGACGUUUUUUACAGUUAUAUCAAAAAUUACUGAUUUGGUUAUACUAUUAGAAAUACAUAGACCGAUAAUUAUGAAAUUAUUGUGAGGUUUAAUUAGGACAGUCCACAUAUACAUUGGUACUCUGGGUUACAGACACUUCAGGUUACAGAUGCUUCAGGUUACAGACUUCACUAGCCCAGAAAUAGUACCUCGGGUUAAGAACUUUGCUUCAGGAUGAGAACAGAAAUUGCGUGGUGGUGGCGUGGCAGCAGCGGGAGGCCCCCUUAGCUAAAGUGGUGCUUCAGGUUAAGAACAGUUUCAGGUUAAGAACGGACCUCCAGAACGAAUUAAGUUCUUAACCCGAGGUACCACUGUAUAUUGGCUUCCUCCGGCCUCUUUUUUUCAAUGGUGACCCAGACCACUGAUAAUGUAAGAAUAUUCUUCACAGCUGUGAGCAGGGCAGUGGGCUGGGCUAAGCGAAGACAAGCGACGGCAAUUCACUGUGAGGUUUUUCCCUGUUCCUGCUUAGGCCGCACAGAAAAAGCAUUUUAGUUCCUGAAAUUCAUUCCAAUUGUGCAGAUGAAGUACAGCGGUACCUUGGUUUAAGAACAACUUAGUUUAGGAACAACUUGGAUUAAGAACGCUGCAAACCCAGAAGGAGGUGCUUUUGUUAAAGUUUGUGGGUCAUAAAUCCUUUGACCCACUGAAUCUGCUGCAACGGCCCUGUAAUAAACAUGAUUUAUUGCCACUCCGACAAAGUUCCAAUUGUGCCCACAUGCUUCCACUCGCGCGCUGCCACUCUUCUCAGUUGCAGGAUGAUAGCAGGGUUCACACGCAGCGUAAAAUGGCUUGUCUCUGUCAUAGCUGUCAAGCGUCCCUUAUUUGGCGGGACAGUCCCUUAUCCCAGCGCCAUGUCCCACUGCUGUCCCUUAUUGAUGAUGUCCCUUAAAUAAGCUACUGAAGGUAAUGGGGCCCUUUCUAGGUCCAGCUGUGCUUUGUCAACAACAAAUUGUUGCUUUUUUGUGUGUUGAAUAUAUGCUAUAUGGUCAUUUAUGGACCUAAUAGGUAUCUAAAGCCAUUUGCACGCGACAAAAUAUGUAUUUUAUCAAAGUAAUUGUUGUUCCCUUAUUUUGGCUGCUGAUCCCUUAUUUUCGAAGCUGCUGGUCCCUUAUUUUCAAAUCUGUAAGUUGACAGCUAUGGUCUCUGUCGACGUGAUGCCUCCAGUAAUUCAGCUUGACACCAGUGCUUCUAUUCUGACGCUCUUUAGAAGCAUUCAAAAACAGAAAAGAAAAACCUACAGAAUCUAGCUGCAUGCUUGCAGCUUUCUGUCUAACAAAAAUGCAACUGUCUUGCUCACGUUCUCAGACAGACUGCUCUCCAAAGAGAGCUCAGCCCCAACAGAGCACAGAUCGAAGGAAAAUGCCCGGGUCAUGUGAGCAAUGUACCCAGUGAAUAAGAACGCUUCCUGGAGUGUUAACUCUUAACUGUCCAGAACCACAACAGUUUUGGUUUGUGAACUUUGCCUUGGAAGCAGAACAUGUUGAGUGUGUUCCAUUUGCAAAUUGUAAAUCUGCUAUGGGAAAGCACGCCUUGGUUUAAGAACGCUUUGGUUUAAGAACAGACUUCCGGAAUGGAUUAAGUUCGUAAACCAAGGUACCAUUGUAUAGCUGAUAGAAUUCUACAGGAUGUGAUAAUACUGUCAAAACAUUGAAGAUCCAGGGAUCUCCAGGCAUUGUCCUCCAAAUGGUGGAGAGGUCAGGCACCCAGGCAUCUUCUCUUGAUCGCACGCCCUGAGAGGGUCAGUAAUGGGCGGAGCAGGAGAUACGAAUUUUGCCUUUGCGCAGUCAGCUAGUUCCGUCGCUCUCACGUUUCUCCACCCAGGAAAGCAGGAAGCAUGGUCAGGAAACACAUUCUAGCCUGGCACGAAUACGCAAGGAGCGGGUGGGCAAAGCAAGGCCAAUGAGAGGUGUGGCUCAGGAGGGUAUAUGGCCUAGAGGGCUUGCAUUUGCCGCUAGGUCUGGAGGUUCCCCUCCCCUGGUUCAAAUAAUACCCUGUUUCCCCGAAAAUAAGACAGUGUCUUAUAUUAAUUUUUGCUCCCAAAGGUGCGCUAGGUCUUAUUUUCAGGGGGUGUCUUAUUUUUCCAUGAAGAAGAAUAUGGUGCACAUUUAUUGUCUAAUUGUGAGUCAGCCAGAGCAAGCAGCAGGCAGCAGCUUAUCCUGGCAGUGGCGCAGGCUCUCUGAUUUAAAGAGACCUCGCACUGCCUGAACAGCUCCUGCUGCACUGCGGCCAAUCAGUGAGCUGCGUGGCGGCACCUGCCGCUACGGUCCAGAGGAGUCAGACGCCUUAUGGUAGCUUCGGGGGCCAGCGGCGUAGCGUGGGUUGUCAGCACCUGGGGCAAGGCAAGUAAUUUGCGCCCCCUAACCCCUAACCUGCCGCCGCUGCCAGCUUCUUCUUGCUGCUGCCUGGUCUGGUGUGGUGUGGUUCUCUCCCGCGCUCAGCGCUGCGCUGGGCGGCCGCUGCACUGUCCCUCCCCCAGAUAGUCCCUCGCUCUCUCUCCGCACCGCACGCCUGGCACCCACCGCCUCCACAGUGGGCGGCGACCCAGCGGCUCGGAUCGGAUUCGCACAGCCAGCACUGCAGUGAGAGAGAGUGAGUGAGCCAGGUAGGGGCAGAGAGCUGCGAGUGCGAGCGCGCCCCACCCAGAUGUUGCUCCCGGCCCCCCCUGCACCCCCCACGCUACGCCACUGUCGGGGGCCUUAUAUUCCGGGGAGGCCUUAUGUUCGGGGGAGGCCUUAUUAUCGGGGAGGUCUUAUUUUCAGGGGAUGCCUUAUAUUACAGCGAGAGCCAAAACUGGAAGUACCGUAAUUUUUCGCUCCGUAAGGCGCACCUGACCAUAAGGCACACCUACUUUUUUUAGGGGGGGGGAGUUCAAGAAAAAAAAUAUUAUUCAAAGGGAGCGCUGAGCAGAGCCCGUAUGCAUCCCUUUCAUGAGCCGCAUGGAGCGUGUGUGCGGCGCUUGCAGGCUUUUCCCCGAGGAGGGAGAAGGGCAGCCCGUCACUGACUGCUCCCAGCCUUCCCGCUGCUCCCAGAGCUUGUGGGGCUGGUGGGGGAAGCCCAGGUCCCCCCCCCCCAGCCCAGGGGACCACACAUUCGCUCCAUAAGACGCACAGACAUUUCCCCUUAGAUUUUAAGAGGAAAAAAGUGUGUCUUAUGGAGCGAAAAACACGGUAGGUCUUAUUUUCGGGGGAUGUCUUACUUUCGGGGAAAGACGGUAACACAGGAACCGAAACGCAGGAAGGAUCCUUUGCAAGGUGAUAGGAGGGCUGCUUUGAAAGACCAAGGAAGCUUUCCCUGCCCUGCGAUUUCUCACAAACCCUCUGUUCUCAUCCCACUCUUCAGAGUUAUUCCGUGGGCCUCUUCCUCGUGAGACAGAUGACGUCGGCAGAGCUGCUCCAGAGGUUGAGAGUAAUCGGCAUUAAGCACCCAGAGCUGUGCAAGGCACUUGGUGAGUUGGCACGCUUCUCUGUAGAAUCGUAGAGUCUCAAGGGACCCCCGAAGGCCAUGCAAUGCGGGAAUCUUUUUCUCAACAUGGGACUCGAACCCACGGCCCUGAAAUUAAGAGUAUCGUGCUCCUGUGGAGGGGGGGGGCGGUACAUGAAGAAGGGAGUUCUGCAGAUCGGGAGUUGCAAUCCGGCAGUCUCCAGAAGGCUGCCGGUUCGCCGCCCCUGAGCCAGGUAUGUAAACGAGGUUCAAAAUGGCUCCUUAAACCAGUGUUGCAGUUGCCAAAACAGAUUGCCCUAGUUGCCAUUUGGGAAGGCCAGGCGACUAGGAAGUUGUAUUCUUCAGUGCAACUCUCUGGUUCCUGAAAUCUGUCCUGAUUGUGUGGAUAAAAUAGCACAGAUAGAACUCUACAGGGUGUGUUGUUAAGUACAGUGGUACCUCGGGUUACAUACGCUUCAGGUUACAGAUUCCGCUAACCCAGAAAUAGUACCUUGGGUUAAGAACUUUGCUUCAGGAUGAGAACAGAAAUCAUGCUCUGGCGGCGCAGCGGCAGCAGCGGGAGGCCCCAUUAGCUAAAGUGGUGCUUCAGGUUAAGAACAGUUUCAGGUUAAGUAUGGACCUCCAGAACGAAUUAAGUACUUAACCUGAGGUACCACUGUAACCGUGCAUUCUCAAUCCUGUGUGCUCACGGUUCUAUCACUCCCAGUCGGUGCAUAUCCUGUAUCCUCCUGCCAAGAUCCUGCAAACAUUUGAUGCCGCAGAUGUUCUGGCCGAUGUGUGUUGUGCUGGGAGCGGCCGCCGAGACCAUAUAACACUGGUCCUGAAAGACCUACGUUGGCUCCCAGGACAUUUCCAAGCACUAUUCAAAGUGCUGGUGAUGACCUUUAAAGCCCUAAACGGCCUCAAAGGCCCAGUAUACCUGAAGGAGCAUCUCCACUCCCAUCGUCCAGACUGGACACUGAGGUCCAGCUCCGAGGGCCUUCUGGCGGUUCCCUCCCUGCGAGAAGUGAGGUUACAGGGAACCAGGCGGAGGGCCUUCUCGGUAGUGGCACCCGCCCUGUGGAACACCCUCCCACCAGAUGUCAAGUAGAUACACAACUAUCAGACUUUUAGAAGACAUCUGAAGGCAGCCUUGUUUAGGGAAGUUUUUAUUGUUUGAUGUUACACUGGUACCUCGGGUUACACAUGCUUCAGGUUACAUACGCUUCAGGUUACAGACUCCGCUAACCCAGAAAUAUUACCUCGGGUUAAGAACUUUGCUUCAGGAUAAGAACAGAAAUCGUGCAGUGGCGGCGCAGCGGCAGCGGGAGGCCCCAUUAGCUAAAGUGGUGCUUCAGGUUAAUAACAGUUUCAGGUUAAGAACGGACCUCCAGAAUGAAUUAAGUACUUAACCCGAGGUACCACUGUAUUUGUGUUUUUAAUAUUCUGUUGGGAGCAGCCCAGAGAGGCUGGGGAAACCCAGCCAGAUGGGCAGGGUAUGAAUUAUUUACUAUUAUUAUUAUUAUUAUUAUUAUUAUUAUUAUUAUUAUAAUAUCACUGUAGCCCCUCUGAACAGCAUGCUAUUGGGGAGGAGCCUCAGCACAACCGAUAAAUCAUAACAAACCCAACCCCUAGCUCACAAUGAUUGUGCCAAAAAACACGUUGUGGAGUAUACCUGCCGUAAAACACCUGUCUAGGGGGCCCUUUGUCUUGGGCAGAAGCAGGUCGAGGGAGGGAACGAGAAAGAUUCUUCCACUGCCCGAUUUCUCCGUUCCCUGGGGAAUGGUGAAAGUCACUAACAAAGGACCACCGCUUUGUUCCCUCUCUUCUCUUCUUCCACAUAUUCUCCCCCCGACUCAACAACUGUAGUUAAAGAGAAGCUUCGCCUGGAUCCAGAAAGCGAAAUCGCCACCACUGGUGUCAGAGUGUCUCUCAUAUGCCCGGUAAGUGAUCCAUGUUGUGUUGUAAAGCGCUCGCUCUGUGUGUGUGCGUUUAGAGGUGGCAGCCACAGCACAGCUCACAUGCCUUGGGAACAGCUGAUUGGUGAGAAGGUGCCAUUGCAGGAGAUGCUUUGACACUUUUAAGAUUUCCUUAAGUCCAGUAGCCUUGGAACGUUUAUUAUUUGCUUAUCCCAUUUAUAUCAAGGUGGCAUGCCUGGUUUCCCCCACUCCUCAUUUAAUCUCCACAACAACCCUGUUGGGAAUCUCCCUGAGAUCUUCGGAGGAAGGGUGGUAUAUAAAUUUAAUAAAUAGAUCUCUACUGUUUUCAAGCUCCUCGAGGCUAUUGAGUCUUCCAUCCUCCCUUUGGAAGCUGGGCUUUGCUCAGCAAAGGCAUAUUCCUGUCCUUAAAGGGAUCCCUGACCAUUAGGUCCAGUCGGCGACGACUCUGGGGUUGCGGCGCUCAUCUCGCUUUACUGGCCGAGGGAGCCGACGUACAGCUUCCGGGUCAUGUGGCCAGCAUGACUAAGCAGCUUCUGGAGAACCAGAGCAUAGCACAGAAACGCCGUUUACCUUCCCGCCGGAGUGGUACCUAUUUAUCUACUUGCACUUUGACGUGCUUUUGAAGUGCUAGGUUGGCAGGAGCAGGGACCGAGCAACGGGAGCUCACCCCGUCAUUGCGGGGAUUCGAACCGCCGACCUUCUGAUCGGCAAGUCCUAGGCUCUGUGGUUUAACCCACAGCGCCACCCAAUUUUAAAAGGGGGUAGCCCUCCCCCCCCACCGCUCUGCACUCUCUUUGAGUGCCUCUAUAUGGCUAGAAUGUGCCAUUGAACUCUGAAAAGGCCUCUUCCUUGCCUGGAUGGAGUUUGGAGAGGUGUGUGUUUGUAGGAAUUAGCCUUCUAUACAAAGGGAUAUACAUUUGCAUCUGUUGCUCCGCCCACCUUUGCUCAGGCCCCGCCUACCACCACCAGGUGGCCCCCGGGAGGCUGUCUAGAAGCAAGUGCGGCCCUCAGGCUGACAGUGGUUCCUAGAGCGCCAAAAGAGCUGCCCCAGGCCUUCCUCCUUUUGGUCCAUUCUGGGGCUUAAUAAUAAUAAUAAUAAUAAUAAUAAUAAUAAUAAUAAUUUCUGCUUUACUUUUAUGUGGAGUUAAAAGCCAUAUAUUUUAACUGGAGGACAGGUGCUGGGAGAACAGCUGUUUUAGCUCAGGGUUUAGCUUAUAAGGAACACUUAGACGCUUACGCAGGCCAGUGUUUUCUGUAUGGAUAAUAAUAAUAAUAAUAGUAAUUUAUUAUUUAUACCCCGCUCAUCUGCCUGGGGUCCCCAGCCACUCUGGGCGGCUUCCAAAAAAAAAUUAAAAUACUAUAAUACAUCAAAUAUUAAAAGCUUCCCUAAACAGGGCUGCCUUCAGAUGGCUUCUAAAAGUCUGGUAGUUGUUGUUCUCUUUGACAUCUGGUGGGAGGGCGUUCCACAGGGCGGGCGCCACUACCGAGAAGGCCCUCUGCCUGGUUCCCUGUAACUUGGCUUCUCGCAGCGAGGGAACCGCCAGAAGACCCUCAGCGCUGGUCCUCAGUGUCCGGGUAGAACGAUGGGGGCGGAGAUGCUCCUUCAGGUACACUGGAGCAAGGCCGUUCAUAACGUUCCUCACCUUUCUCUCCAAAGCUUGUGAAGAUGCGUCUGUCGGUGCCGUGUCGGGCCGAGACCUGCGCUCAUCUCCAGUGUUUCGACGCCGUUUUCUACCUGCAGAUGAAUGAGAAGAAGCCCACCUGGAUGUGCCCAGUUUGCGACAAACCGGCCACUUACGACCAACUGAUGAUUGAUGGGUGAGUUGAGCUGAUUGCCUCAUCGGAAGCAGGUCUCUCUUUUUACCUCUGUGUGUGUGUGUGUCUUGAGCAUAGCUGUCAACUUACAGAUUUGAAAAUAAGGAAUCAGCAGCCGAAAUAAGGGAUUUUCAGAGCACAGGUAUGUUCAACUUCGGAGCCCCUCCGAGCCAAAGGCAGAAAGCCCAGCCAGCAGCCAAACGAAGCCUCAAGCGGUGGCUCCCACAGCGCAGCAACCCGGCAAAGGGGAUGCAGCAAGGAAAACCACCGUCACCUCUCCGCUGGGAAGCGCUGAGCAAAGGCGAGUCCCCAGGCAAGGCGGCCGAUUUGAUCGGCACAAGGCAUGCAAGCUCCACCCCCCAGUCGUUCUUAGGCCCCUUACUGGGUGAGCAACGCAGCCAAGCAACACAGUUGGAGCCUCCCUCCUCCCUGGCCGGCAGGGAGGGAGGGAGAGGAGCUGCUUCCUUUGAAACCCGGGACAUCAUCAAUAAGGGACAGCAGCGGGACACGGCGCUGGGAUAAGGGACUUUCCCGCCAAAUAAGGGACGGUUGACAGCUAUGGUCUUGAGGCCUGCCUUAGAAUAACAGAGCCGCAGAGUUGGGCCACCUGGUCCAAGCCCCUGCAAUGCAGGGAACAUAAUGGAAGAAUUGCCUGAUGGACAGCCAUCUGUUUGAAAACCUCCAAGGAAGGAGAGGCCACCGCCUUCUGAGCGAAUCCACCGUCAGACAGCUCUUCCUCUUCGAAAGUUCUUUCUGGUGUUUUGUCUGAAUCUCAUCUCUCGUCCUUUGAAUCCGUUGGUCUGGUUCCUGGCCCCUGGAACAGCAGCAGACAAGCAAGCCAGCUUGCUCCAUCUUCCAUGCAGCCACCAUGCAGAUCUUUGAAGAUGGAUCUCACUUAACCUCUCGGUCUUCUCUCCUCCUGGCUAAACGUGCCCAGCACUUUAUUUAUUUUGAAAUAAUUUUUAUUUGAUUUUACAAGUAUAAUAAUACUUACUGGGUUUCACCAGCCACUCUGGGCAGCUUCCAACAGAAUAUUAAAAUACAAUAACCUAUUAAACAUUAAAAGCUUCCCUAGACAGGGCUGCCUUCGGAUGUCUUCUAAAAAUCUGGUAGUUGUUUUUCUCUUUAACAUCUGGUGGGAGGGCGUUCCACAGGGCGGGUGCCACCACCCAAAAGGCCCUUUGCCUGGUUCCCUGUAACUUGGCUUCUCGCUGCGAGGGAACUGCCAGAAGGCCCUCGGAGCUGGACCUCAGUGUCCGGGCAGAACAAAUAUAUAUCCAUAUUUGGAGACUUCUCCGAAUCUCUAGGCUUCCCACCUGCCCCUCCAUGGGUCCUAAUAUAAACCUUUUCAACUGUGUAUUAUUUCACCAUCCAAAUUUUAUGUCUCUCCAGUUGAUCCAUAAUAUCUUCUACAUUGCAAGUGCAAACCUGCUAAUGUUUUUAUCUGCUUACAGUGGUCUCUCAAGUAAAUUAUAAUUUCUCCCCAUUCUUUAUUGAAGUUUCGGUCUUCUUGGUUCCUGAGCUUCCUCGUCAAGUUUUGCCAUUUCGGCAUAGACCAACAGCUUAGUUUGUCAUUCUUCUCUGGUAGGGACUUUGUCUUCUUUCCAUCUCUGGGCUUUAAAGAGAGGCAAAGCCUUGUGUGAGGAAUUAGGAUACUGAUGUGUCGCUUUCUAACAAGAUCUCCAAGAUCUUCAUUUAAAAACAUAAUGAUAAACCUAAUCAUUCACAUCUGGCAUAUAUUUCACAUCUGGCAACCAAUGUGCUCCUUUGGUUUCACAUAGUACAUGAGUAAAAGGUAAAGGGACCCCUGACCAUUAGGUCCAGUCGUGACCGACUCUGGGGUUGCGGCGCUCAUCUCGCUUCAUUGGCCGAGGGAGCCAGCGUACAGCUUCCGGGUCAUGUGGCCAGCAGGACUAAGCCGCUUCUGGCGAACCGGAGCAGCACACGGAAACGCCAUUUACCUUCCCGCUGGAGCGGUACCUAUUUAUCUACUUGCACUUUGGUGUGCUUUCGAACUGCUAGGUUGGCAGGAGCUGGGACCGAGCAACGGGAGCUCACCCCAUCGCGGGGAUUCGAACCGCCGACCUUUUGAUCGGCAGUCCUAGGCUCUGUAGUUUAACCCACAGCGCCACCCACAUCCCCAGUACAUGGGUAGGUAAGUCUAAAAAGCCCGGGACACAAAUCUUCAUGGCCCUCUGGUGACUUCAUUUACCUGAAGUAUUGUAUUUAGCGUUAACUCUAGAACUCUGGAAGUGCAUACUUGACACAUUUCAGAAUUAAAUUGGCAGCUGUGCUGUCUCUUCCCCCACAGGCUCUUGUCGAAGAUCUUGACGGAAUGCGAAGAUGCCGACGAGAUUGAAUACUUGGUGGACGGCUCCUGGUGCCCUAUCAAAGCAGAGAAGGAGAGGAGCUACAGCCCCCAGUGUCCAAUUCUAGUUGUGGGUGGGUCCACAGGUGAGUCUAAACAUAUUUGCUGCUCACUGCUGUGUUUCCUUCCUAAACGGGGACCAAAGGGCCAGUAACCCUGGCGCCGCAGAGCUUUGAAAGUUUCAGCUGCACCCAACGUUACUCCUGCCUGAUCAGAGAAGACCCACUGAAGGACGUGACCAUGGGUAGGCAAACUAAGGCCCGGGGGCCAGACCCAGCCCAAUCGCCUUCUAAAUCCGGCCCACGAACGGUCCAGGAAUCAGCGUGUUUUUACAUGAGUAAAAUGUGUCCAUUUAUUUAAAAUGCAUCUCUGGGUUAUUUGUGGGGUAUAGGAGUUUGUUCAUUCCCCCCCCCCUUCAAAAUAUAGUCUGGCCCCCCACAAGCGCUAAAUCGCGCUUUGCACAUGCGCACAAGCUCCAAAUUGCGCCGUGCACCUGCGCAGAUACGACGCUUCAGUUUGCACUCUUGUCAUGUUGCGAACUGGCCUAUGGAACAGAUCCCGUUCGCAACCAGAGGUACCACUGUACCUAAUAGAAAUACCUACUUUAGGAAGAUGAUAACGAUGAUGAUAAUGAUUAACAUAAUAAUGCAUGUUAAUUCUCCCCGGUUCUCCUUCCCCUGCUUCCAGGAGGCACUUCGGAGGCCAACGGUGUGCCGCCUCCCGCCCCCAGCGUGGAGAACGGCAAGGUCCCCGCCGACGUGGUGGACUUGACGCUGGACAGCUCGUCCUCCGAGGAAGAGGACGAUGACGACGAAGAGGAGGACGACGACGGCGGACCCAAAAGGAAACUGCCCCGCCUAUACAAGAAUGGCUUGGCAUCCGCCUGCUGACUGCAGGGGGCGUUCCGGGUCCUCUGCGUGGGAAAAGCUUGAAUACCUUGGUGCUUAUUCAGACGUGGGAAGAGGGGCUUUCUCUCCCUUCCCCCCUCCAUCUCGCCCUCUUGCAAAGCUGCCCCCUGUGACUUCCCAGUUCCAAGUGAAUUUUUUAAAAAAAAAAGAAAGAAAGAAAAGAAAAAAAUUAAGAAGGCCUGCCGGGGGCGAGGGUAUGCCGGUGACGUUGGUGGAGCUCCUGCGUGGCUGGAAGACGCUGCCCGGCGAGCCAUCCUCUUUCUGGGGUCUUUCGCCAGCUCAGCUUGCACCGCCUCGAGAAUCAGGGCCGGGACGGCACACACCUCUCUUGCAUGGAGGAGUCGUGUCGGGAAUUGGCCACUGGCUCUCCUCUCCUUCCUCAUGCCCCCGACCCCCUGCUCUCCUCUCCGCCCCCCCGUUGCUUCUUGGAUGACCUGGUGCCAGCUGCUCGGAGCAUGUCUGAGCGCCGGCGGGCAACCUGAACUCUUCUGGGCCUCCCAAAAGCGGCAUGUGUCUCUGGUCUUGCCUUGUUCGACAACCAUUCCUGACUCCUCCUCAAUCUCUCUCUCUCUUUCCCUUUCUCUGACACGUGCGAAACCCCUCGCUGGACGUUUUAAGGGAGUGCUGUGUGUUUGUUGCCCUUCGCGUCGAUGCCCGGAGGCUCCUAGAACCAGCAGGUUUCCCUGGUCCCCCCUCCACUGCCCCCCGUCCCAUGGGCACGUCAGGAAAGGGCUUCGGGAGGGGAGCCGGUGAAAGAUGGACCUAGACUUUGAAACCAAGAUGGCUUAGAGUUCCUUGGAGCAUCUCGGGAGAGAACCUCAUGUAAAGAACUCUUUUUAGCUUCUUCCGAAAAUAAUGUAGAAUUCUUACAUACUGAUUCCCUGUUACUCCCCACGCCCCCUUUUUUUAAGUUGAACAAAGCCAUUGGGGAGGUGGGAGGUGGGGACGGGGAGGGGUCGGAAUGCGGAAUGGGCUUGAACCACAAACCUGUUGUCUUUUUUUCCCCUUUCUUUUGAAGUGCAAUAACUUGGUGUGUUUUGGAAGGCGAAAAGGGCUGUGUGUCUCCCCGUCCCAACACCCUCUUUAAUCUCACCAGGGCUUUAGCUUGAGUCGGGUGUUUUGGGGAACAAAACAGCUUUUUUGCCAGGGGGCGGGGGUGGGCUAGGAGUGGACGGGCCGGCGGGUUUGGGGAGGGGGCACAAUGGCCCUUUCCGGAACAGAAAUGCCAGGUGGAGGAACUUUUUAUUAUUAUUAUUAUUAUUGUUUCUACCCAACUACCUCGGUUUUAAGACAAACAAACAGAAAUUCAGGUGUAGCUCAGUCAUGAAGUGGUGGUGGGCAGCAUGUAGGUGACUGUUGUCUUUUUAAAAAUUGCCUAUGGACUUCCAGCUGCUUUGAUACGUCUCCCCCUCUGUUCCCCCAAAGCGCACGCCCUCGUGUAUCCGUGAACUCUUUUUAAAUAUUGCCCCCUUCUGCUCUGCCUGGCCUCGGAACGCUUGCCUACGCCUGCUCUUGACUUUCAUUGCUGGCAAGCGAGGAAACGCUCGCCCCUCAUAUCACACACACACACAAACACACACACACACACACAAAACACACACACCCUCUGCCCAGGAGCUGGUGCACUACUAGUAACCCCAUGCAAGGAAAAGUGUGUCUGUUGGUUUCAUGCGUUUACACUAGGCCAAGACAGUGCAAGGUGGGCUUUUAUUGCACACUCUGAAAACUGAAUUGGCCCAGGAUUUUAUUUUCCUUUUGGUGGCUCGGGGGAGUUUGUCCUGUUUCCUUUGCCCUACCUUUCCCCCCCCCCUUUCCUGCCAUUCCCACCUGUUGUCCGUCCGCCAGCCCAGCAAACCUGGAAUGCGGGGUGCUUUUGCUGUCCCCCCGCCCCCAGAAAAACCAAACCAAACCAUGAUGUGUGUUCAAGGCACCUCCACCUUCUGCUCUCUCCCAUGAAGCUGGAGAGAACAGCACCGUCAUCGUUUUUUAUAUCCAGACCAGUGGUGCUUCUCUUGAGCGUUGCGUUUUCAAAAAAUAAAAUAAAAAGCAAUACCUCUUCCAAAGUACUGUGCCCCAGGGAGGUGUUGCCAACAGAGAAAUGGCAACUCCUUGACUCCAGGCCGAGCGUGCGUCUCUUGUCUCCCUUUUCCAGGCUGCGCGUGGCAUGGGGGAAAGAAAGCCCUCUCCAGGGUGUUUUAAAGAAAAGCCAGUUCAAGUGUAUUUUAUAGAAGCCCCCAGACCUAAACGGUUGCUGUAUAGGACCUCACUCAAGGAGAAGCAAAGCGCUUAGGAGUUCAGCUGGGUCGUGGCAAGUAGUUCUUGUCAGUUGAUUUUCUCUCCCCCUGAACAUCCCACCCUACUGACGGCCCCCAUGCCUGGUGAAGGGCUCUUGAAGGACCCCUGGGAUAAACAGCACUCGGCGGGGGCGAAGCCCUGCCCCAGUCCCUUGGAAGCUGAUGUAGAGAAAAGAUGGCUGCAGGAAGGGAGGUGUGGGAAGUCAUCCAAACUUCCUGGCUCUUCCACUCCCCCCCCCCGCUCUCCUCCCCCAUAUUACCAUAUAUAUAUAUAUAUAUAUAUAUCUAUAUAUAUAUAUAUAUCUAUAUCUAUCUAUCUAUCCAUAUCCCCCCGCACCCGGUCAAACAUCUCAAACUGAAGCAAUACGUUUGCAGUUUUUAAAACGCGCACACACGAGACCUCCAGAUCCACUGAGGCUUUGCAAAGGUCCUUCCUUGUACAGAUGAUGGUCGCUUGCCUCCUCAGCCACUCAGUAGUUCGUCCCACUCCUCUCCCUCAGGAUUAUAAUUUGUGUGCUUAAACUUCUUUGGCUCCCCAUCCCCAUCCCAGACACUGUCCAUUGAGACUUCGCAUCCUUCCUUCCUUCCUGAUUUCCAUUCUGUACAUAUGUUUUUGCUUAACAUCCCUGUCCUGGUUUUCCCCCCCUCCCCUCCUUUUUCUGUUUGUGUGUGUGUGUGUGUGUGUGUGUGUGUGUGUGUGUGUGUGUAAAGAAAAGAAAUUAUUAUUUUUUCUUUCCUUCAAUACACAUUCUUCAGAAUUCAAAAGUAUAGUGUUUGUUAAAUAAAAU